UUCCUUAAUUUUCGAUAAUAAUCAUGUUCUUCAUGAGAUUCGAUAAAAAAGCUUGGUUUUUACUUGCUUUAUUCCUUAUAUUUUCGUUCUCUUCUACUCUUAUGGUCUGUGCCUUGGAUUCCAUUACAUCUUCUCUGUUGAUCCAAGAACCUGAAACAGUGAGCUCAAGGAAUAACAUGUUCACGCUGGGAUUCUUCAGUCCUCAAAAUUCCACCAAUCGUUACGUAGGAAUUUGGUACAUGACCAAAUCCUCUAUUGUUUGGGUUGCUAACAAAAACAACCCAAUAUCAGAUUCUUCUGGGAUUCUCACAAUAUCAGAAAAUGGCAAUCUUGUCGUUUUGGAUGGGCAAAAGCAGGUUGUUUGGUCAACAAAUGUCUCCCAUAUUGCAUCAAAUUCCAGUGCUCAACUCUUAGAUUCUGGCAACCUCGUCCUUGCAGAUGGAAGUUCAGGGGCAUAUAGGUGGCAGAGCUUCCUACAUCCUAGUAAUACAUUAUUACAAGGCAUGAAAUUGAUUGCUUACAGAAAAACAGGCAAGAAAGUGAAAAUUACAUCAUGGAAAAGUCCAUCUGAUCCAUCUGAUGGAAUAUUUUCUUGUGCUCUUGAAAUCCGUAACGUGACUGAAAUAUUCCUGAGGGAAGGAACUCGUCCUAGAUGGCGCAGUGGUCCUUGGAAUGGCUUAGACUUUCUUGGGAUAACUAGGGUAAUUUCAACUAACAACCAAAAUGGGAUUCGGAUGGAAGAAGAUGAAGACAGUUCUAGAUUAUCUUUUUAUAUAUACAAUGUUAUCUGGGCUUAUACUUUGGUUCCUCAAGGUAAAUUAGAGCGAAGACGUUGGAAUCCCCAGACACAUACAUGGGAACUUUUGAGGUCAUUAGGAUCUUCACAGUGUGAUGCUUAUGGCAAAUGUGGCCAAUUUGGGAUUUGCAAUUCGCAGAGCUCCCCAAUCUGUAGCUGCCUGAGAGGCUUUGAACCAAAGAACAAAGAAGAAUGGGGAAGGCAGAAUUGGACCAGUGGGUGUGUGAGAAGAGUAGCACUUCAGUGUGAAAGAAGCACAAAUGAUUCUCAAGCUGGCAAAAUAGAUGGGUUUUUUAUGGUGGAGAAAGUGAAAGUUCCAGAUGAUGCUCAGGUGUCAGCUACUUAUGAUGCGGAUGCUGCAGAUUGUCAAACUUCAUGCCUCAAGAAUUGCUCUUGUAAAGCUUAUGCCCUUGAAAGAAACCUUGGCUGUAUGAUUUGGACUGCAGACUUAGUUGACAUACAAAGCUUCUCAUAUGGAGGACUCGACAUUUACAUACGUUUAGCCUACUCAGAACUAGGCACGGGCAGGAAGAAAAUGACGACACCUAUUAUAAUAUCAGUUUUGGUAGGAACAAUUCUCAUUACUGCAUCUGCAUAUUUCUUGUGGAAAAAACGCUCAAAGAGAAAAGGAGAAAUGCAGACUCAUGACACUAGGAUUAUGGCUUUGAAGCAAGUCCAUAUUCCAGAGCUAUUAUUGUUUGAUUAUACAAAGCUAGCUACUGCAACAAGCAACUUUGACAUAGCAAAUAAACUUGGACAGGGUGGGUUCGGUCCAGUUUACAAGGGAAAGUUGGAAGAUGGGAAGGAAAUAGCUGUAAAAAGACUAUCAAAAUUGUCUAGACAGGGUAUGGAAGAAUUUAUAAAUGAAGUGGAGUUGAUUUCUGGGCUUCAACACCGAAACCUUGUUAAACUUCUUGGCUGUUGCGUUGAAGAAGAACAAAUAUUGGUUUAUGAAUACAUGCCAAACAAAAGUUUGGAUUUAUAUAUCUUCGAUCUAAAGCACCAAAAAAAAUUUUAUUGGGGAAAGCGCUUCAACAUAAUUGAGGGAAUAGCUAGAGGAUUGCUUUAUCUUCACAGAGAUUCAAGAUUAAAAAUUAUACAUAGAGAUUUGAAGGCAAGUAACAUAUUAUUAGAUGAAGAGAUGAAUCCAAAAAUAUCAGAUUUUGGAAUGGCUAAACUUUAUGGAGGCAAUGCUGAUCAUGCAAAUACUGAAAGAAUUGUCGGAACAUAUGGCUACAUUUCUCCUGAAUAUGCAACCGAAGGACUCUAUUCAGAGAAAUCUGAUGUUUUUAGCUUUGGUGUUCUGUUACUAGAAAUUAUUAGUGGAAGGAAAAACACUAGUUUCAAUGAAGAUGCAGAAUCUUUUACACUUUUAGGAUUGGCAUGGAAAUUAUGGAUGGAUGCCAAUAUUACACCUCUGAUAGAUCCACAUAUAUAUGAUCCAAGCUUUCAUAAGGAUAUAUUGAGGUGCAUGCAUAUAGGUCUUCUAUGUGUACAAGAACUUGCAAAAGAUAGACCUACUAUGGCAUCUGUCAUGUCAAUGCUUCAAAGUGAGAAUAUGGAUAUUCCUCCUCCAAGCCAACCAGCAUUCAUCCUCAGACAAACCAUGCCCUACACUACAAGGCAAACUUAUGAUAAUGAUGAGUUUGGUUCCAUCAAUAGUUUAACGUUCUCAAAAUUUGAAGGAAGAUAGAGAUUAGGGAUUUGUGAUGUUUCUGUUUCAUGUGAAAGAUGUAAAAUAUGUUUACUCAUUUGAUACAUACUUUGAGCUCAAGAAGGAAACUUUAAACUUUUCUUCUCCAAGAAAUCUAUGUACCUUAGCUAUCCAAAAACUUUAAUAUAUUUUCUGUAUUGAAUGAUUAUUUAUAGUCAUUCAUGUUCCCUCGUUUGAAUGCAUUAUGUAAAUAAACGCAAGAUGUGAUGAUGUGUUAGUUACCAUCAUUAUCUCUCUAUUCAUACACCUUUGACAA